AAAUUAAAGAAUAUAUAUACAAUAAAAAAUAUAAAUAAAAAUUUAAAAAGAAAAAGUCGACUUAAAUAAAUAAAAAAAAAAAAAAAAUAAUAAAAAACAUUAAAAAUGGCUCAGAGACAAAAUUUAUACGAAUCUCAAAAGCAGAUCACAGAUCAGUUGACUGCAAUUUUGGCGAAGAUUGAACGCACAGAGAUACGUAGUGCAUCAAUUGCACAAUAUCAAAACCGUAUCGAUAGCUUAGAAAGACAAUUUUAUGAGAACGACACUGUUCUCAAUAAGCUUGGAGAGACAUCAGAGGACUAUUUUAAAAAUAAGUUCUUCCAAAAUGGCAUUGAUCUUAUUAAACUGUGCAGAACUGCGAUGCAGAAGUAUGGCCAAACUUCUGCAGAAGCUAUAUUGGCGCCCAAAAAAGCAGAAAACUUAGAAGAAAGCCAAAUGGAAUCCAGCCAUCAGAAAUCAUUAGAAUCAAUUAGGAUUUCUAUAAAAGAUGAGGUGAUGGAGCAGGUGAGAUUUAUGAUGCAAGAAUUGUUGCAUCAGUUAAAACCCAACCUUGCGGAAAACUCUAAAAAAGAGUUAGAAAGAGCUCCAAGAGAGCUAGAGAAUGCUCCAAGAGAGCCAGAGAAUGCUCCAAGAGAGCCAGAGAAUGCUCCAAGAGAGCCAGAGAAUAUUCCAAGAGAGCCAGAGAAUGCUCCAGGAGAGGAAGAUAAUACUUACAAAGAAGAGAAGGUAAAAACCCAUGAUGAAGCCGGCAUAAGAAAAGAUGAGGAAGUGACGUCCAACUUGCUUAUUCAAUUUCGUAGAGAAAUUCAAAAAUUAGAAGAAUGUUUAUCUGACAUUGAAGCAGAAAACAUUCUAAUACUUGAGCACAAAAAAAGCUCUUGGGAAAAAAUCAUGGUGGAUAUAAAACAAAUCCACCGUGAAUUAGUGGUCAAUCACUCCGUAAAAGAUGAUAUUGAUGAAGAGCUGGAGUUGAUUGACAAGCUAUAUGGAGAAGCAUUAAAGGAAAUACUAAUAAAAAUUUCCACAUUGCAAGAGGAGAUGACAGCAUUAAAGAAAUUUGGCGUAGUAAAUAGAUGCAGCAGAAUAGCGAGUUUAUUUCCCUUUAUAGACAAGAAUGGAAUAAUUCGUGUCGGUGGUAGAUUGCAGAAUUCAAAUUUACCAUAUAAUCAACAACAUCCUAUAAUAUUGCGAAAGUCCCAUUUGACAUCGUUGUUGAUAGAAAAGGCGCAUAUUUCAACAUUACAUGGUGGUAACCGAAUAGUUGAAGCAGCACUAAGGCGUAGGUUUUGGAUCUUAGAUAUGAAAAAUUCAAUAAAGAAAUGUUUACGAAGAUGUCCUAGAUGUAUUCGGUAUAGCCAAGAUCAGGCGAAGCAACUAAUGGGCAAUCUUCCAAAAUCACGCGUAACGAUAUCAGCUCCAUUUCAACAUGUUGGUAUAGACUAUGCUGGCCCUAUUCAAAUGAAAUUUUCGAAAGGCAGAGGGCAAAAAUCCUAUAAAGGAUAUAUAGCUGUGUUUGUGUGCAUGACGACAAAAGCGAUCCAUCUAGAAGCAGUUAGCGAUCUGACGUCAGUAGCAUUCUUAGCAGCAUUAAAGAGAUUUUUUGGAAGGAGAGGUGUUAGUUCGGAUAUUUAUUCAGAUAAUGGAACGAACUUUGUUGGCGCAAAUAAAAAAUUAGAUAAAGAUUUUAAAGCUGUUGUUCGGAAUAAUGAGUCGAUUAUUCCUAUAUUGGCGAUGCAGAAAAUUCAGUGGCAUUUUAUUCCCCCGGCAGCUCCUCACUUUGGAGGUAUUUGGGAAGCUGGCGUCAAAUCAGUAAAAUAUCAUUUAAAAAGGACAAUCGGUGAAGCCAAACUUACAUAUGAGGAAAUGAGUACUCUCUUAAUUCAAAUUGAAGCAGUAUUGAAUUCCAGACCUCUAGUAGCUCUAAACAAUGAUGAGCCAGGUCAAUUUGAUGCUUUAACUCCGGGACACUUUUUAAUAGGACGUCCCCUGAAUGCCUGUGCCGAACUAGUUGAAGAAGCAAAUAUUAAUUCGCUAAAUAGAUGGAAACUAAUUCAGAAACUAAGAAAAGACUUUUGGGUCAGAUGGAAACAGGAGUAUUUGACUACGCUACAGCAAAGGAACAAAUGGAAGUUUCCGUCAGAGAAUUUAAAAGAAGGUACAGUAGUACUAAUCAAGGAUGAAAAUACUCAUCCAGCAAGUUGGCCGCUAGCGAGAAUUACAGAAGUACAUAGCGGCAAAGAUGGCAAAGUAAGAGUUGCAACAUUGAAACUAGCAAAUAGCUCGCUGAAAAGACCUAUUAGCAAAUUGUGUCCAUUAGUAUCUACGGAUACAGAAGAAGAGAAUUCAGCACCAGCAAUGAGCUGUGUAACAACGACGAAGCCAGAAAAGAAAAAACUAUGUUGGUUACAAUUUAUAUUGAUGAUGUUGAUGAUAAUGAACCCAGUCAAAGCACUACCAAUUAACAUGAACAACGUAGUCUCGAUAAGCAACCUUUCAGCAAAUACAGCACUGUAUCUGGAUAAGGUUGGACAACUAAACGCCAUAAAUUCGAAGUGGAAUCUAGUAGUUUACUAUGAUUUAUCCUUGUAUUACCAAGAACUGGAGAGGAUUGGUAAACUGAUGGGGAAAGUAAGAGAAGAAUGUCCGAAAUUAAAUUUAUUUAAGGACUCCUGUGAAAUGGUGAUGUCAGUGAUGGAAAGGAGAUAUAAGUUACUUGAUCAAAAUAACGAACUUCUAAUAAAUAAAAGCCGCAAGAAAAGAGCACCCUUUGAGUUCGUAGGAUCUAUUUAUCAUAUUCUCUUUGGAAUGAUGGACGCAGACGAUCGAAAGCAGAUGGAGGAAAACAUGAAAAACAUUUUCAGUAACCAAGAUGACUUAAAUAAAUUAAUAAAACAACAAACUUCCGUUAUUGAUUCGACAGUAAAUGUGUUGAAAAAGACAACAGAAGAUGUCAAUAACAACUUUAAACAAAUGUACGGCCAAUUAAAGUUAUUCUACGAUCAAACGAAAAAUGAAACGAGUGAAGAGCGUUUAACAUUGCUGUUUUCCGUAUUGACCACCCAAUUAAAUUUAAUGAUUGAUGAGUGUCAGAAGAUACAAUCUUCUGUAAUAAAUCAUAUGCUGAUUGAUAUCAAUCACGGUCAUAUAAAUACUGACCUUCUUACACCAUCCCAACUACAAAAAGAACUAUUACACAUAGAAAACGUGUUGCCAAAUAAUUUAGUUCUUCCUGGAAAGGCAACUAGUACUGAACUAAAAGAAGUAUAUCAUGGAAUGAAGGCGAAGGGUACUAUAAUUGAUGAUCGACUAGUGGUUCAGAUAGAAAUACCUUUAAUACAGAAACAUAAUUCUGAGGUAUACGAAAUAAUUACACUUCCUGUGGAAGUUAACAAUAGCGCCGUUAUGCCAAGAGUAAAGGAUGAGUUCAUAGUGUAUAACUUCGCAACUAAUAUGUACUUCCUAAUGUCACAAUCAAAAUUAAAUAUGUGUGAGAAGAGUCUUCAAGGUCAGUACAACUGUAUUGGAAAUAUACCCUGGAAGCCAGCCAUAGAGCGGUCUUGUGAAGUAUCAGCGCUAAAACAAUCCCGGCAUGCUGAAUGUGAAUUUGAAGCUGUCCCAAGGAAAAGUGUGUGGAAGCAGCUUUCUACAGAAAAUCAGUGGAUAUUUACAGUAUUCGACAAUCUAGUAUUAACAGUAGAUUGUGGUCCAAAUAAUCGAAGCUGGGUUAAUUUACCAACAAAAGGUGUACUAAAACUAGCAGAAGAAUGUACAGCAACUUAUGAAGGAAUAACUCUGUCAGCUUCUCGACACUUCGAAUCUAAAGUAAAUUCAGAUAUUCAGGUAUCAACAUGGGGUGUAGAUCCAGACAAAAUAGAAGCUAAGACAAGCCGUAGCAGUGAUAAGAACUUUAGUUCUAAGAUGCACAUUAAUUCUGUUGUUUAUGUGACGCAUAAACCAUAUGUUAGAGUUAAUAAUGAGGCAUGA